AUGCUGUCCGCAGCCGCACCCACCACAGACCCAGCCAACGUCCUUGUCGAGCUCAUAACCCACGACUUACCCACCGUUCCCGAGUCGGAAGACUUUACAGAAACGAAACGCCGAUACGUCGAACAGCAAAUCCUGUACAACGCAGCUACAGAUAUUCUUCUUGAGGCUGAUUCCGACGAUGAGGACGCGUCUCUUGGGGCUGGGGAUAAGGCUACGUUCUGGGAACCUCUCAGUCGGCUCUUGAUAUCAGCGGAAACACGACAUCAGCUCAGUCCGGGGGGUCAUACAGGCGAUGAACGGUCGAAAAAUGGAGAUAAAGAGGAGGCACCUACCCUGCUAGGGAUGGAUAAGGAGCAGUGGGAUGCGUUGGAGCAUAGACGGGCGGUGCAGCAGGUGCCUGACGAGCUCAGACAAAUGCUUUUGAGUAAGGUAGAGCAACGACUCUCGACAACCUGUCAAACACUAUCCAGAAGUCUGUACGGGAAGCAGUCUGCUGACCCGAAACUAGACGCCGCAAAAGCCCGCCAACUCUGCGCACGCGUCAUAGCCCAAAAACGCCGCAUCGCUGAGAAAAAGAAAGAGGCGCUGACCCUUCGUGUCCGGAUUGCGCUGGAAUGCGACCUGUAUCUAAAUACAUGGGCGAAAACGAUCGACACACUGUGGCGCCUCGUAGCGGACUACAAGUGUCGCGUGGAGCCAGAGAAACAGGCGACCUUUAUGGAGUAUUUUGCGGCUAUUGUCAAGAAUGCGUCGUUGAAGAUGAGAUGCCUGAAAGCCGAAAUCAUACUCGCGAUCUCCACCGGCCCACAAGGAGACGACCUCAAAGCCACCAGAGCAACCCUACUCCAAACCCGCACAACCCUAACAACUCGCCUCCACCACCUCGACGCGCAACUCGCGACCUACGCCGGUGUCGGAACCGGGGAUGAGUUUAGUCGCAUUGUCAGCGCGUAUGCGGAUGUGAUGAGGGCUAUCGGGACUGUUGAGGGGGAUAUUGGACGGUUGGGUGGGGGUGGGGGUGUCGGUGGGAGUCGGGGGAGGUAG